UCCAAAACAAAGCGACCCACAAAGGCGGCGAGAAACACAACUAGUCAUCAUGUCUAAUGUCCCUGUAAAAGGAAAAAGAAGUGUAGUCAGGAAUGUAGAUAUUGAAGAGCUGCUGUCAGCUCAUCGUGGCAUUGAGGAAAUCAUCGGCUCAUUUAAGGAAGAAGACAGUGACGGAAUUAUUGAUGUGACAACCCAUCUCAGUGAGGGUUUGAACACGUCGAUUUCUUCCCAGCAUGUGAAUGAAUUCUUAAAUGAUGUGUCCGUGUUGGCUGAUGCGCAAAAGGAACUGAUCAUCAUAAAGGAGAAGAUGACGAGAGCGGUUCAAAAUGAGAAGUCUUCAGCAUUAACUCACAAUGAGAUACUUGGUGAUCGGAUUUUCUGGUGCCGUGAGGCAGAGCUGCACAUGCGAACCGUCAUUGAAAACAAGGACCUACUGAUUUACCAUCUCCAACAACCUUUAAUUGCAAACUUCCUCACGAUGCAUCACCAGUAUCACAAAGACCUAAUUAUAUUGAUUGGAGAACUAGCCGAUAACUUAAAUAAUGUGUGCUCUCACAUACGCUUGAUAGAGGACCAUGCUCAGAACUCUUUCCUUCAGAGAUCAGACACCUACAUCAGCCACGUUACAAAGGUUGUGAUGGAAUUGAGAAAUACAAUAAGUGACAUCACAAACCUUCAAGCAUUAGUGAUUGGGAUGCUUGAAGCUCAAAAGUAAAGUACACGUGUGUGUGUGUGUGUGUGUGUGUGUGUGUGUGUGUGUGUGUGUGUGUGUGUGUGUGUGUGUGUGUGU